GAUCAUGGCCCAAGUGGCAAUGUCAACUCUGCCUGUAGAAGAUGAGGAGUCCUCGGAGAGCCGGAUGGUGGUGACGUUCCUCAUGUCUGCUCUGGAGUCGAUGUGUAAAGAGUUAGCCAAAUCCAAGGCGGAAGUGGCCUGCAUUGCAGUGUAUGAAACAGAUGUAUUUGUCGUUGGAACGGAAAGAGGACGUGCUUUCGUCAAUACCAGGAAGGAUUUUCAAAAAGAUUUUGUAAAAUACUGUGUUGAAGAAGAAGAAAAGGCUGCAGAGAUAAAUAAAAUGAAAUCUACAUCCCAGUCCAAUAGGAUGAGUGUCGAUGCUGUAGAAAUUGAGACAUUGAGAAAAACAGUCGAGGACUAUUUCUGUUUUUGCUAUGGAAAAGCUUUAGGCAAAUCCACAGUGGUCCCUGUGCCCUAUGACAAGAUGCUGAGAGACCAGGCAGCAGUGGUCGUGCAGGGCCUUCCCGAAGGCGUCGCCUUUAAGCAUCCAGAGAACUACGAUCUUGCAACCCUGAAGUGGAUUCUGGAGAACAAAGCAGGAAUUUCAUUUAUUAUUAAGAGACCUUUCCUAGAGCCCAAGAAGCAUCUAGGUGGUCGAGUGAUGGUAACAGAUGCUGAUAGGUCAAUACUGUCUCCAGGUGGAAGUUGUGGUCCCAUCAAAGUGAAAACUGAACCCACAGAAGAUUCUGGCAUUUCCCUGGAAAUGGCCGCCGUGACAGUAAAAGAAGAAUCAGAAGACCCUGAUUACUACCAAUAUAACAUUCAAGGGAGCCAUCAUUCUUCAGAGGGCAAUGAAGGAGCCGAAAUGGAAGUGCCCCCAGAAGAUGAUGAUUAUUCGCCACCAACCAAAAGACCAAAGAACAUUGAGCCACCCCAGCCUCCGGUGACUGAGCCUCCCAAUGCUGGAAAACGGAAAGUGAGGGAGUUCAACUUUGAGAAAUGGAACGCUCGAAUUACAGAUCUGCGUAAACAAGUAGAAGAACUGUUUGAGAGAAAAUACGCUCAAGCUAUAAAAGCCAAAGGUCCUGUGACGAUCCCGUACCCCCUAUUCCAGUCACACGUGGAAGAUCUUUAUGUGGAAGGACUUCCUGAAGGAAUUCCUUUUAGAAGGCCGUCAACUUACGGAAUCCCUCGUCUAGAGAGAAUAUUACUUGCAAAGGAAAGGAUUCGUUUCGUGAUUAAGAAACAUGAACUUUUGAAUUCAACACGUGAAGACUUACAGCUUGAUAAACCAGCUUCAGGGGUCAAGGAAGAAUGGUAUGCCAGAAUCACGAAAUUAAGGAAGAUGGUAGAUCAACUUUUCUGCAAAAAAUUUGCUGAAGCCUUGGGGAGCACUGAAGCCAAGGCUGUUCCUUACCAGAAAUUUGAGGCCCAUCCUAACGAUCUGUAUGUGGAAGGACUCCCAGAAAACAUUCCGUUCAGAAGUCCCUCGUGGUACGGAAUCCCACGGCUGGAGAAAAUCAUUCAAGUGGGCAACCGAAUUAAAUUUGUUAUUAAAAGACCGGAACUCCUGACUCACAGCGCAACUGAAGUUACUCAGCCGAGAACCAAUACUCCAGUCAAAGAAGAUUGGAAUGUCAGAAUUACCAAGCUUCGGAAACAAGUGGAAGAGAUUUUUAAUUUGAAGUUUGCGCAGGCCCUCGGGCUCGCAGAGGCCGUGAAAGUACCUUACCCUGUGUUCGAAUCCAACCCUGAGUUCCUCUAUGUGGAAGGCUUGCCGGAAGGAAUCCCCUUUCGGAGCCCAACCUGGUUUGGAAUUCCACGUCUUGAGAGAAUUGUCCGUGGGAGCAAUAAAAUCAAGUUUGUGGUUAAAAAACCUGAACUAGUUAUUUCCUACUUGCCACCCGGAUUGGCUAGUAAAAUAAACACUAAAGCAUUGCAGUCCCCGAAAAGACCCCGAAGCCCAGGGAGUAACUCCAAAGUCCCUGAAAUUGAGGUCACUGUGGAAGGCCCCAAUAACAACAGUCCUCAAACAUCUGCUGUCCGAACCCCGACCCAGACAAACGGUUCUAACGUUCCCUUCAAGCCUCGAGGGAGAGAGUUUUCCUUUGAGGCCUGGAAUGCCAAAAUCACGGACCUGAAACAAAAGGUUGAAAAUCUCUUCAAUGAAAAGUGUGGUGAAGCUCUUGGCCUUAAACAAGCUGUGAAAGUGCCAUUUGCAUUAUUUGAAUCUUUCCCAGAAGACUUCUACGUGGAAGGCUUACCUGAGGGUGUGCCUUUCCGAAGACCUUCGACUUUCGGCAUUCCAAGGCUGGAGAAGAUACUCAGAAACAAAGCCAAGAUUAAGUUCAUCAUUAAGAAGCCAGAAAUGUUUGAGACUGCGAUUAAGGAGAGUACAGCCGCCUCCAAGAGCCCCCCACGGAAAAUAAACUCGUCUCCCAGUGUUAAUACCACUGCGUCAGGCGUCGAAGAUCUUAACAUCAUUCAGGUGACAAUUCCAGAUGAUGAUAAUGAAAGACUGUCGAAGGUCGAGAAAGCUCGGCAGCUGAGGGAACAAGUCAAUGACCUCUUCAGUCGCAAAUUUGGAGAAGCCAUCGGUAUGGGCUUCCCAGUGAAGGUUCCCUACCGGAAGAUCACCAUCAACCCGGGCUGUGUGGUGGUGGACGGCAUGCCCCCGGGGGUGUCUUUCAAAGCCCCCAGCUACCUGGAAAUCAGCUCCAUGAGAAGGAUCUUAGAUUCCGCCGAGUUUAUCAAAUUCACAGUCAUUAGACCAUUUCCAGGACUUGUGAUUAAUAACCAGUUGGUUGAUCAGAAUGAGUCAGAAGGCCCGGUGAUUCAAGAAUCUACUGAGCCAAGCCAGUUGGAGGUUCCUGUAACAGAAGAAAUUAAAGACACUGACGGAAGCUCUCAGAUCAAGCAAGAGCCGGACCCAACGUGGUAGACGCCGCCUCCCGGCGUGAACCAUCAGAGGUUGAGAAGAGCUUUUCGGACCUGUUAUUGCCCUGAGCUGUGUAAUAUACUUGUAUAACAGAAAUACCUUCUAUACAAACCUUUUUUUCUACUUUUAGAUAGAAAUGUCUACUUUUUCAGCAGUUCUGUGAAUUGAAUUAAAGAGCAGCGUGCCUGUAGAUUUGGAAUGGCUGGGUGACUUUGGGAUGUAUUAUAAGGAAAUGACAAGCAGUGCUGGAAAGCGACAGGGAACAGGACAGGAACGAGCCUCGGCGGGUGUAGUGCCGAGCGGCCCCUCUUCGGCCGCCGUGUUCAUUUCCCAACCAAGCGAAGAUCUCUCCUCCUGGGACAUCUCGGCUUCCGCGGUGAAGAACACACCUGUGGUAGUUCAGCUCUUUAGUUUUUUUUUCUAUUUGAAAAA